AUGGCAUUUUCUGAACUCCUGGACCAAGUGGGUGGCCUGGGCAGGUUCCAGGUUCUCCAGAUGGUGGCUCUGGUGGUCCCCAUCGUGUGGCUCACCACUCAGAGCAUGCUGGAGAACUUCUCGGCCGCCGUGCCCAGCCACCGAUGCUGGGUACCCCUCCUGGACAACAGCACUGCCCAGGCCAGUGUCCCCGGGGCCCUGGGCCCCAAGGACCUCCUGACCGUCUCCAUCCCCCCGGGCCCCAACCAUGAGCCCCAUCAGUGUCGCCACUUCCGCCAACCACAGUGGCAGCUCCUGGACCCCAACGCCACGGCCACCAACUGGAGCGAGGCUGCCACAGAGCCGUGCAUGGACGGCUGGGUCUACGACCGCAGCACCUUCACCUCCACCAUCGUGGCCAAGUGGGACCUGGUGUGUGACUCCCACGCCCUAAAGCCCAUGGCCCAGUCCAUCUACCUGUCUGGGAUCCUGAUGGGAGCUGCGGUGUGCGGCCACAUCUCCGACAGGUUUGGGCGCAGGCUGGUGCUGACCUGGAACUACCUUCAGAUGGCUGUGUCGGGCACGGCCGCCGCCUUCGCCCCCACCUUCCCCGUGUACUGCCUGUUCCGCUUCCUGGCGGCCUUCGGCGUGGCGGGCGUCAUGAUGAACACCGGCACGCUCCUGAUGGAGUGGACAUCGGCGUGCGCCCGAGCCUUGGCGAUGACCUUGAACUCCCUGGGCUUCAGCUUCGGCCAGGUCCUGAUGGCAGCCGUGGCCUAUGGCGUGCGGGACUGGGCCCUGCUGCAGCUGGUGGUCUCUGCCCCCUUCUUCCUCUGCUUUGUGUACUCCUGGUGGCUGGCAGAGUCGGCCCGAUGGCUCCUCAUCACAGGCAGGCUGGAGCGGGGCCUGCGGGAGCUGCGGAGGGUGGCUGCCAUCAACAGGAAGAGGGUGGUGGAGGGCACGCUGACCACCGAGGCCUUACUCUCAGCCAUGCAGGAGGAGCUGAGUGUGGGCCAGGCCCCCGCCAGCCUGGGUGCCCUUUUCUGCACGCCUGGGCUGCCCCUCCGGACCGGCAUCUCCACUCUGUGCUGGUUCGCCUUUGGCUUCACCUUCUACGGCCUGGCCCUGGACCUGCAGGCCCUAGACAGCAACAUCUUCCUGCUCCAGGUCCUCAUUGGGGUCGUGGACAUUCCGGCCAAGAUAGGCUCCCUGCUGCUGCUGAGCCGUCUGGGCCGCCGGCCCACCCAGGUGGGGUCCCUGGUGCUGUCAGGGCUCUGCAUCCUGGCCAACACGCUGGUGCCCUACGAGAUGGGGGCCCUGCGUUCAGCCCUGGCCGUGCUGGGGCUCGGGGGCCUGGGGGCCGCCUUCACCUGCGUCAGCAUCUACACCGGUGAGCUCUUCCCCACCGUGCUCAGGAUGACAGCGGUGGGUGUGGGCCAGAUGGCAGCCCGAGGGGGAGCGAUCCUGGGGCCUCUGGUCCGGCUGCUGGCUGUCCACGGCCGCUGGCUGCCCCUGCUGGUGUACGGGGGGGUGCCAGUCCUUAGUGGCCUGGCUGCCCUCCUGCUCCCAGAGACUCAGAGCCUGCCGCUGCCCGACACCAUUCAAGAUGUGCAGAACCAGGCGGUAAAGAAGGCAACACGCAGCACCCCGGGGCCCACUGUCCUGAAAUCCACACACUUUUAA